GAAAAGUUGCAGAAGGAAUGGAGGUGGAUCAACGGGUACCAGAACCUGGCGACUGCGAAGCAGUGGCGGUUCCAGAGUUACCCCAAAAGAAAUUUUACAGGCAGCGAGCACAUUCGAAUCCGCAUUCGGACCAUGACAUCGACUAUCCGCGGACCCCUGCUGACAUGGACUGGAAGAAAUUAUACGGGGACUAUGCCGAAGGAAGGCAAGUGGAAUUUGCUGAUGUUGGUUGCGGUUAUGGCGGUUUGCUUAUGAAGCUGUCUCCCAUGUUUCCGGAAGUUCUAAUGGUUGGCCUUGAGAUCCGCGUAAAGGUUUCAGAUUUCGUGCAAGAAAAGAUAAAAGCUUUGCGAAUACGUGAGGCAGAAACUAAUGGCUAUCGCAAUGUAGCAUGUCUCAGAUCUAAUGCUAUGAAGUAUCUGCCGAAUUACUUCCACAAACAUCAACUUUCGAAGAUCUUCUUUUUGUUUCCUGAUCCACACUUCAAGAAUAAGAAGCACAAAUGGCGAAUCAUAACACCUGGACUGCUUGCGGAAUACGCCUAUGUUCUACGUCCCGGAGGCUUGAUGUACACAAUCACAGAUGUGAAAGAAUUGCACGAAUGGAUGGUAAAACAUCUCUCCGAGCAUCCCUUAUUUGAGCGUCUCACAAAGGAGGAAGAAGAGGCUGACCCAGUUGUGCCUUUCCUGUUUGAGAGUACUGAAGAAGGACAAAAGGUGACAAGAAACGAGGGAGAAAAGUUCCCAGCUGUUUUCCGGAGGAAACCUGAUCCAGAAUGCAUGGGUGAAGAGGAAUAUGAAACUUUGCCCACGCAUAGUGUAGGGGUUCACCUUGCGGCAGGUGCACUAGCCGGAGCUGUGGAACACUGCGUAAUGUUCCCUUUUGAUAGUGUGAAAACUCGGAUACAAAGCUUAUGUCCAUGUCCUGAAACUAGAUGUCCUACACCUAUGCAUUCAUUAUGGAAUAUAGUGCGGAGAGAAGGAUGGCUACGGCCGUUACGAGGAGUGAAUGCCAUAGCUGCUGGUUCUUUACCAGCACAUGCCCUCUAUUUCACCAUUUAUGAGAAGACGAAAGCAUAUCUUACUGGAAAUACCGCUGGUCAUGCUAAUACGUUAGCCUAUGGUGCAUCUGGAAUACUAGCAACGCUCGUCCACGACGCUGUCAUGAAUCCCGCUGAGGUAGUGAAGCAACGGAUGCAAAUGCAAUUCUCACCAUAUGGUUCUUCGUUAGAAUGUGUUCGAUGUAUAUACUUACGUGAAGGAAUCGGUGCCUUCUAUCGAUCCUACAGCACACAGUUACUAAUGGGUGUGCCAUAUCAAACUGUUCAUUUUAUGACAUAUGAGUUCUGGCAACAGAUUCUCAACCGCGAACACAAAUACGAUCCCGUUUCGCAUUUGGUGUCUGGAGGAUUGGCAGGUGGUCUUGCAGCCGCGGUAACUACGCCAUUAGACUGCGUAAAAACUGUGCUGAAUACGCAGCAAACGCCUGAGUUUUGUGAAAAAGAAGGCAGCGUUGUACUCAAGUCCACUGGCACAUACCGAGGUAUACCAGAUGCCGUGCGAAUAAUUUACCAGCAAAGAGGCUUGGGUGGCUUUGCUUGUGGAAUGCAAGCACGAGUCGUUUUCCAAAUGCCAGCUACAGCUCUGUCAUGGUCCGUAUACGAGCUGUUCAAAUUUGUUUUGGGGUAUUCAUCAGCGAAGUCGUCUUAAGAUAGCUGAUUAUUCCUAUUGAUAGUGUUCCUGAGAUUAAUACAUACAUUUUUUGGCAUUUUUAUUUAUGUAAGUACAUACCUCUCGGUGUCGCCACUAACCCGACGUUGUAGAUCACCUGCCGUUGGUAUCCUUCCGUUUAUAUGAACCUCGCGAUUGUUCUAAAUGUAAUAAGCAUCUCCAGGCUAUUGUUAAUUGUUGCUGAGUGUGUGCCUAGUUCACUUCUAGUGAUGUUAUAUAUAAUUUUUGUCAAAUACUAGACAUAUCGAGUGAUGUUAGGUAGGCUAUGUAGUGCUAGCAUCAACGGGAUUGUCUCCCGAGAUUGUUAGAGCUUUUUUU